AUGGAUAGAAGUAGAGAGGCUGGAGAUCAAGGGGGAGUUGCUGGUGGAGGAGUGGGGACUCACCAACCAGCCAACCCUACGCUACCUACUUCUUCUACACCAUCUCCUACUACCGUGGAUCCUGUGAAAGCUUUCUCUAUUGAGAAAUUCAUGGGGGAGGACUACGAGCACUGGAGUUUCCGCAUGAGGCUGAUGUAUACCCAAUACAAGCUAUUGGAUUUGGUGGAGGGAAAGGAGAAGAUGCCGGAGGCCGCGGAGCUGAAAGGAGCGUGGAUCAAGCGAUCGUUCGACGCGUACAUGCUCAUGGUGCAAGCGGAGGACCUGCGGAGGCGGAGUGUGGAGCGCUCGGAGGAGGGGGCUGGCUAUGGAGUUGGAGGUGGAAAGAGUGGCUUCAAGAAGAAGUGGAAGGGCAAGAACAAGGAUAACCCUAAGGAGGAUGGCGGCGGGGGUCAAGGGGAGGUGUGCUUCUAUUGCAAGAAGCGCGGACAUCGUUGGCGGCAGUGCUACCAACGACCCAAGGAUUGGACCCCGCCUUCAUCAAGCAACCAGCGUGGUGGCACAAGGAGUGGGGGAGUCAUGGGAGCUAGUGGAGAGGAGAAGGAUGAGGAGAAAGGCGGCAAAUCUGAGGAGCGGAAGGCCGGGUUCUUCUUCUUUGUGAACGAAGGCGCAACCGACCACGCUAUGGCUGCCAAGGCGGCAAUGGCGGCAUCUAUGGAGGAGAGCGUUACCGAGGAGGAGCAGCAAGGUGUGCAAGGAGAGGAGCUGAUUGGAGGAAGCGCGGCGGUGAAGGCGUCGGCUACCUCGGGCCAAGCGGAUUGGGAGACUUGGCAUCGGCGGCUCGCACACGUGGCUGUUUCUACACUAGAGGUGAUGCACAAGGAGAAGUGCGUGCAUGGGCUGCAACUGCAAGGAGAUGGCAUUCACUAUGGCAGCUGCGAGGCGUGCAUGCAAAACAAGUUUGCGCGGUUCCCGUUUCCACGAGCGGAGGGAUCAGCGAAGGCACCAUUGGAGGUGGUGCACAUGGACCUGGUGGGUCCUAUGAGGACUGAGGGGACUGGGGGAGUGCUCUACUUCCUCACCAUGGUGGACGAAUGGAGCCGUUUCACGUGGGCGCGUCCCUUGUCCAAGAAGAGCGAUGCUGCAGCGGCAAUCAAGGAGGAUUGGUUGCCGAUGGUGGAGCGGCAAGCGAUGCGGCUGGUGAAGGUGCUGAGGAGCGACCGAGGUGGAGAGUUCCUUGGAGCGGAAUUCACCAAGUUCCUCAAGAGAAAUGGCAUCCGACAUCAGCUGACCUGCCCUGGAACACCGCAGCAGAACGGCAUUGCUGAGCGUGCCAACCGGACCAUUGGGGAGGCGGCUAAGACCUUGUUGGGGGCUGCUGGGAUGCCGUACAAGUUCUGGCCUGAUGCUGUUCGCCAUGUCAUCACGGUCAAGAACAGGGUCUUGACGCAUGUUGGUGACAAGCAUUGGGUGCCGUACGAGCGUUGGCUUGGGAAGAAGCCAUCUAUUGACAUGCUGCGUGUGUGGGGCUGCAUGGGGCUUGUGAUGGUGCCUAAGGAGCAGAGGCACAAGCUGGAAGUUGCUGCUGUGUGGGCUGUACAUCUUGGGAUGGCUCCUGACUCGAAGGGGUGGCUAAUGUGGGACCCCAAGAGCAAGAAGUCGCUGGUCAGCCGUGAUGUCAAGUUUGUGGAGGACGUCAUGUACAAGGACUGGCAGCAGCAGCAGCAGGUGCAUAUUGGCUUGCGCCUGCAGGAGAUUGAGCGGUCUGCAGUGGAGGAGGUUCAGCUGCACCUUGAGGAUCUCCCUGGGUCAGAGCUGACCAGUGAUCACAGUGGCGGUGGUGAGCAGCAAGGCGCUGGUCCUACUGCGGAGGAGGGGUUGGAGGAUGAGUCGGCACGUGUGGACUCACCAUCUCAGCCCGAGCCUGCUGCAAACACCAAGGUCACCAAGAGGAGUGUGCAGAGAGGAGCUUCACCACAUGGGCAGCAGACUGUAACCCGUGAGAAGAGAGUGGCAGCAGCACCCUCAAGGCUGAACCACAGUGGAGGAGGCACUUAG